UUCAUUAAAAACUUGACGUUCAUUGGUCUGAUUUUGUCAUUCGCAACAUUUGGAAAAAGUUAACUAAGUCUUGCUGUUUCAGUUGCGAGAAUCUAGACAUCGUGUGCUCUCCAGCUGCCUCAUUGUCGCUGUAGUUACCGAUGGUUACUGCCCAUUCUUAUCGGGAUUUGCGAUGCUGAUUACCGGGCCAGGUGGGGUGGGGAGGGAGGAGAAACGGAGCCAGACCGGGGAUGCGAGAAAGUAGACCCAGAGCCCAUCAUCCUUCAUCGCGCGCGUUUAUGGUGGUUUGUCGCUUGGUAGUUGUGGGAGUGAGGUUGAUCGAUCGCGACGAGGAGGAGGAGCAGGAGCAGGAGGAGGCGGAGGAAGAGGUUUCGAUUCGGAUCGAGGCUGUAUGAUACCGGGGAAAAAUGGUGGCGUUGUUUUGACGUUCCGGGGUGGUGGAGUAGGAGUUAUUGCUGGAUCGAGGAGGGAGAAGAAUUGGAGAAGUCGGCGAGGAAUCGAGGAGGUGAAUCCGCUGGAGAAGAGUGACCAUGCCUGUGUACACCAGGGGGUCGCGACGCCGUUGCUGUCUCCCCGGUGUCUGGAGGAGGCAUUGGGAGCAUUCGCAGCCCGACACUUUGUGAACAUCCUCGGUUGUGAGUUAGAUUGGAUUGGAGUUUUGUUGCAGACCUCUGCGUGAGAUCAACCGAUCGAUCGAUCGAUCUGUAAAUCAUUCGGGAGGUACUGUGCGUUCUUGUAACGGCGACGAGUUGAAAAUUGUGCGUGGAAUCAGUACAUGGAGGUUGAGUCGGAGAUUCCGGUAGAUAUGACGAAGAGCAUGAAGGAGGGGAAUACGUCCCCGACGCAUCAGCGUCAUCCAAAAAAAGGGGAAGUAUGUGCGAAGGUUUUGGCCCAGCUCACCGAGAUUGGUCAUGAGUGUGUUGAGAAACCUGGAUUCGCUGAGGAGCUUCAGAAACACUUCACCCGACUGCCGACGAGAUAUGCUCUCGACGUCAACACCGACAGAGCAGAGGAUGUGCUUACUCACAAGCGGCUACUUGAGGAAGCUAAGAUUCCUGAGAACAGACCAGCCUUCCAUGUCCGUGCUGUUCAGAUUCCUCCAGCCGACUCUCAAGACGAACCCAUGAAUCAGGCUUUUAAGGAUGAAGUUGGAGGCACUCGACCGUUAACCAAGAUGAGAUUGGCACUACCAGCUUUUGGAUCGUCACCCAAUCUUGAGGCGCUUGCAUUGGAUUUCACCAACAAAUCGAGUGACAUGGAUGACAGUAAUCAUUCGCAGAGUGCGAAUCAUCUCUAUAUGCCAAUGCAUGAAGUUACUUUUUCAACCAUCGAUAAACCUAAGCUUCUCAGUCAGAUGUCAGCCUUGCUUGCCGACGUAGGUCUAAAUAUUCUAGAGGCUCAUGUUUUUUCAACAACUGAUGGUUAUUCCUUGGCUGUGUUUGUGGUGGAUGGCUGGCAGUCAGAGGAAAUUCAAGAAUUGACAAGAGCGUUGUCUAGGGCUCUUUCGGCCAUGGAGAAAGGAGCCUGGGCGAAACCCUCCUCAAAAAGUGAAAUGCCUGUAGUGCAUGAAACCGCUGUGCAUCCUGAGAAUGGACAAAUUCCAGCACCAGCCUUGCCAUCCACUGGCACUGAUGAUUGGGAGAUUGAUUAUAAUCAGCUCAAGUUCACCCAAAAGGUUGCGAACGGCUCUUUCGGAGACUUGUUUCAAGGGACUUACUGCGGACAAGAUGUGGCUAUCAAAAUCCUUAAACCGGAGCGCUUGAAUGAGAAUUUGCAACGAGAAUUUUUGCAAGAAAUACGUAUUAUGCGGAAGGUCCGACACAAAAACGUGGUACAGUUCAUUGGGGCUUGCACGAAACCGCCCAAUUUAUGUAUUGUCACAGAGUUCAUGUCCGGUGGGAGUGUAUAUGACUAUCUGCACAAGCAAAAAGCCGUGUUGAAAAUGCCCAUGUUGUUGCGAGUAGCAAUUGAUAUCUCAAAAGGAAUGGACUAUCUUCACCAGAAUAAAAUCAUACAUAGGGAUCUGAAAGCUGCGAACCUUCUCAUGGAUGAGAACGAGGUGGUUAAGGUCGCUGAUUUUGGUGUAGCCAGAGUUCAAGCACAAUCAGGCAUUAUGACAGCAGAGACUGGCACAUAUCGAUGGAUGGCUCCUGAGGUCAUUGAACAUAAACCUUAUGAUUAUAAGGCAGACGUUUUCAGCUUUGGUAUCGUACUUUGGGAACUUCUCACUGGGAAGGUACCGUAUGCAGAUCUUACUCCUCUUCAAGCUGCAGUGGGAGUGGUUCAGAAGGGCUUGCGACCAACAAUCCCAAGAAACAUCCAUCCAAAAUUAAUGGAGCUCAUGCACAAGUGUUGGAAGACAGAUCCUGCUGCGAGACCCGACUUUACAACCAUCACCGCGUUACUGAAGGUGAUUUUGAAGGAGGUCAAUGCAGAAAUAUUGGAAGAGGAAAGUAAGCGGACCAGGGAUGUGAAGAAGCCUGGUGGGCUUUUUUCCUCGUUCAAACGCUCCGCAGUUCGAUAGGGUAUGUUGCCAACGUCCACUCUCCGCCUAUAUUUCUCAGAUCUUUGUAAUGACACGAGGAGUUACGAGCAAGUGGUGAUUUGCGACAUGCUCAACACAAUUAGGCUGUACCGGCGCUAGCCCUGAUCCGUGGCUUUUCUACUAAAGGACAGUUGGUAUGGAGAUUGAGCUGCAGUCGUGAUUGAAUUAGCAUAUUAUGCAAUGUAUGACAUGCAGUUGCACAUACUUUGGCAUAUCAGGUCUCCGUUUAGCAGAGUUUCGAGGCUUCAACUGGAUUGGGACUGGAUUUGGUGUGGAUUUUUGAUAUAAGCCAAGAAUUCUGUAGUUAGUAGAAUACUUGGAAACGGUUGUUUCUUUGAAAGUGGGUAUUAAAUGCAUCAGCUUCUGUUGUGGCACCGUUUGAAUCA